UACUGACUGGUAAUGAAGCAGUAUUAUGUAAUAUCCUAUGCAUACGGUAUAUACAUGCUCACUUCCUCACAGUUUCUGUUCUGAACUUGACAAAGUAGGAUGCACCUUUGGUGAAAUAUGAAGAAUUGCACAUUUUGUAACAUGCUAGCCUUGUAUCUGGCCAUAUAUACAGCUCUGUGUUACACCAGUGAAGAAACUAUCAUGAUCAGUUUAGAAGUUCAGUCAGAGUUUAAGACGACUGCCACCCUGAAAUGCCCUGAAAUAUUUGACAGUAAUCGUUACACAUCCAUCACCUGGUAUAAGGAUUCCCCAGACUCUGAGGGCAUUAUUAGAAAAUCAAGCAGGCAAGGCAAAUUAGAGCGAUAUAAGAACUAUAUGAACCGUUCUGAUGUGUCCCUUACAGAAGAAGGUUUUCUUGUGCUGGAAAACGUUGACUUUUCACAAGCAGGGACGUACAAGUGUUACCUGGCUGGAAAAAUCGGAUCCAAAAAUAAUGAGUUAUUUGUCAGGCUGAAUGUAACAGAAAGGGUCAGUAAAACAACACCAGCCCUCGAUGUUACCAGCUCAUUUGCUUGUGCUUCCACUGGCAACUCAUCUAUUCCACAUAUGGUUCAACCAAUUGAUGUGAGACCCUUUUCUGUCCUGGUUGGAUUCUUCAGUCUAAGUCUGAGCAAAGUUCUGCUCUGUUUUGUGUCUGUGUGGGGGGUGGCAAAUUUUAAGAAACACCAAAGAAGAAAAUGGAAAGUGGAAAAUGGAGCUAACCAAGUGGGAGCGAAGUAUUCCUGACAAGAUGAUAAAUAGACAUUCCGUUACUCCCAUUGUGCCUAUAUAAUGUGCGUAACGUGUGUGUGUUUUUCAAAUUUUAUUGAAAAAAAUCAAUAUAUAUAUUUUUUCACAGUUGUGCUGUUUUGCAGGCAGUUUGUUAGUUGUGUGUGUGUGUGUGUGUGUGUGUGUGUGUGUGUAUGGAUACGAGUGUUUUACUGGGAAAUAUGCAACUUAUAUUUUUCAUGCAAGCUACAUCUGGGACAUGGAGAACUAAUGAUAUAAAUCUCUAUAUGCCUAUUUUUCAUAUGAAAUACAUCACAAAUCUGAGUGACAUAUGAUUCACUCAUGAGGAUAUCGAUGAUGUCACUCCCAAUAUUUUACCGCUGACUUGAUACAGUACGUGUUGUAAAAAUGGCGAACCAGUCAAAAUUAAAAUUCUUUUGUUUAACUUAAUAAACCUCACUAAUAGUCAAUAUGCUUGACUAAGCAAAGACUUGUAGGGAGAGGUCUUUGCUGCCCUAGAAGGCAUUAACUACUUCGAAAAAGCAUCCUGAGGAAAGGUGACAUUGGAUUUUGCUCAUUUGCUCAAUAACUGACAUUCAGUUGAGCACAGGGGCGUCACUAGGCCUUUUUUACUGGGGCACGUGCCCCAGUAAAAAUCAGCUGUGCCCCAGUAAGAAAAUGUUGAAAGAUUUUCGUAACAAACUAGUUUCUUUGGCAGAUCAUUUAUCUACUGUAAGUUGUAGGACAGAGUGUGUUUCAAACUUCUAUUGCCUCUUCUUUCUAACUAAUUUUCUGAUUGGUCUGGGAGAUUCUCACUGUAAACAUAGCGUGCGUGCGGCGUGCCAUGAGUCCAUUUAGCCUACUGGAGAGAUGAGUCUACUCUUUGGAUGAGUCAGAGAACGGGCUCUGUAUAUCAGGAACAUAAAGGUGCAUUGUGUGUGUGUGUGGGGGGCAUUUUGUGUGUGUGUCGGGGGGGCAGUGCCCCAGUAAAGCUUAAUUCCUCGUGACGCCCCUGGUUGAGCACAGUUUUAACUGAGUAAGAUUUGGUCACAUUAUCUAUACUGACAUUUAUGUAUUUCUCAGUACUUUUCCCACCUGUGAGUGUGUGACAUUAUGAAGACGUUCCUCCUCCACUGGAGUGUGGUCACAAGUCAUUUUGAGAAAUCAUCUGAUAAAUUUGAUGUCAAUAACGAAUAGUUUCCCAUGACAUAACUGAACUUUUAGCAUUCUUUAAGGAAAUGUAAUACGUAGACUAAAUCAUGAUAUAUUUUCAAAAACAGACUUUACAAUUAUACAUAAUUCCAUAAUAACAGAGACACUUAAAUUCUUUGGGAUGAAAAGUAUUACAGAAAUAUUAUACUACUAUAAUUAUUAUAAUACAGAAAUACAUCAAAUCUAAAAAUUCUGAUGUUUGUUAUAUUUAUCAUGACCUGGAUUUUUUAGUGAAAGCUACAGACUGAGAUAGCGUGCUCACCGCUGUUACAUCCAGAUGUGCAGUUACUUAUUUGUCUAAUAAAGAACUUUGUAUCAUCGGGUUAAUGAUACAUCUCGUUUUCUAAUGACAAAAGAAGUACUCUGGAUUUGAAAUAUUUUCCAUCCAUCCAUUAUCUAUGCCACGUAUCUAUCAGGGUUACAGGGGAAGCUGGAGCCAAUCCCAGCUGACUUCGGGUGAGAGGUGGGGUACAUCCUGGACAGGUCUCCAAUCUAUCGCAGGGCUAACACAGAGACAAACAACCGUUCACACCCACAUUCACACCUGUGGGCAAUUUAGAGUAACCAGUUCACCUAAUCUGCAUGUCUUUGGACUGUUGGAGGAAACUUCAGCACCCGGAAGAAACCCAUGCAGAAAUGGGGAGAACAGGCAAACUCCACACAGAAAGACCCCGAUCAGCUGCAAAGACAGCUUGGGGUAAAAGUUUUGAAUUUUCAUACCAAAACAUGCCAAUACGUAUUUCAAUUCUUGCUAUGAAAUUGCUGGGGUGGUGCACCACAGGGUGCAAGAACACACACAGAACAAAGAAGACACUCAAUCAUUCUUUCUGUGCUUCGUGACCGUCAUGAUCAUAUAAAAAAAAAAGGCCUAUAUACUGGUGCAGCAGUUGGUUUCAACCUGUGGUUUUAUUUAAUUCACCAGGAAAGUCAGUCACCAAAAAUAUUGCAUCUCAGCAUGUACUGUACUGCAGCACCUUCAGUUCAGGUAACUUCAGUUCACACAGAUGAAGAGGAAAGGGCAGGGGUUAAAUUGGGCCGGGGCUGUCCGGGGCUGAGCCCCGGCACAUAAGCUCGGAGCGGAUGGCAUAUGAUCACGCACACAUCAAAAGCAACAAACCCUUUUCACGAUUUUCAGUUCUGAAUAAUUAAAUAUCAUUAUAUUAAUCAAUAAACCCAUGACUUUUAUGAGAUAGAUCAUAGUUUUCCUGAUAACAAGACGACCUGUCAAAGCUAUUUAGAACAGAACUUGCGAUCAGUGAUUCUAGUUUCUGGAACACUGCGUGGGUUGCCAAUUCCGCUUUUUAUAAGCGACUUUGGGGUUUCUUUUUUUGUGAGCUCGCUUUAAAAAAAAAUCAGAAGUCGUGGUUUGCGGGUUUUUGGGCUUGUGUUUCAGCGUUGUGACUUGUUUAUAAUUUUCUCCGUACACCAUCUCCCCUUUUACCUGCAUACGAGCCUUGUUAUUAUUAUGUAUUCAAUUAUUUAUUUGGCAUGUGGUGCUUUUUGUAUUGUCAGAACAUACAUAAGAUGAGCAUAUUAUAGCAGCAAAAUAGAAGCACAAUCAUUUGA